AAAUUUGCUUAGUUCUCUUGGUAUCAUUUGUUGAAGAAGCAGGCACUACUGGGAGCUAGAUGAACACAUGAAGCAGAAAUGCACUACUGGGAUCUUGUUGAAGAAGCAGCAAUGCACUACUGGGAAGUAAAUGAACACAUUGGUCUAUAUGAUGCAAAGAAUAAGACUGUGUUAUCUGCUUAUUCUGGAGAGACUAUCAUAAUCCAGUGCCCAUACAAGCCUUAUUCUUACCGGUGGGAGAAGAAACAGUGGUGUAAAGAGGAUGAUGCCGGUCAGUGCCAUUCUGUGGUCAGCGCUCGGCGAUAUUGGUCUUAUACGAAGAGAAUAAAUGGCAGCAUUUACAUCUAUGAUGAUAUAAACGAGGGGUUUGUACAAGUGAACAUGAGUGACUUAAAGCCAGAAGAUGCUGGCAUGUACCAGUGCCAGUCAGUUUAUUAUGGAGGGGUGAGACUUCUAAAAAGGAUUGAAGUGAGGGUGCUGGAAAAAAUGAUUCCUAGUGACUUACCUGAGAUGGAAAGAGUCCAGAAGAUCAUCUCUGGGAAACCCCAAAGGUUUCCAUCUGAAUCUAGUACCUUAUUUAUUAUUGGAAGCAGCGUUCUAUUCAUCAAGGUACUUCUGCUGGGCGUGGUUUAUGUUUGGGGGAGGAGUAGAUACAAAGUCAGAGUGGACCCUGAACCUUACCUCCUCUCAACUUCUGAGGAAUCAAUUCCGGCUGAAACAAUACAGAUCGGUUCCCUUGAUGCCAGCCCUAAUGAAUACAUGUAUGAGACGCCUACUUUAGUACCGCUGUACAUCAACCAUGUACUCAUGAAAACACAUCCGAACCGCGCCAACUGGCAGACUUGAUUAGGGCCCCUCCUGGGAAACAGCCAGCAGAAGGGAAUGUUUAAAGUGAAAUAAAAAUAUGUAUAAAAAUGUAAUUAUGUAUGCACCAAACCAUGUUCUAUAUCAUUUUAAAUACUUCAGUGAUAUAAAUUGCUGUUAAAGAUGUCUCAUUAUUGCAGCAGAAAAACAUGUAAAAUUACAUGUGGUGACAACCUAUAAAUAAACUGACAAAAGAUGAAUAAAAAUGUCAUAUGAAGUAAAUAA